UGUUAUUCCAGGGCUCUGGGCUGGAAGCCCCUGGUUAUGUUAUUGUUGUUAUUCCAGGGCUCUGGGCUGGAAGCCCCUGGUUAUGUUAUUGUUGUUAUUCCAGGGCUCUGGGCUGGAAGCCCCUGGUUAUGUUAUUGUUGUUAUUCCAGGGCUCUGGGCUGGAAGCCCCUGGUUAUGUUAUUGUUGUUAUUCCAGGGCUCUGGGCUGGAAGCCCCCGGUGUUCGGACACCUUCCUCUCCUCCUCAACAGAGAUGGCAGUAAGCUCUCCAAGAGACAAGGAGAUAUCUACAUACAGAGUUUCCAGAGGAGUGGGGCCCUACCUGAAGCACUACUGGAUAUCACCACACACUGUGGAUCUGGCUUCAACAGUAACCGUGUUGGUCGUAAGAUGGAGGAACUGAUCGCGGAGUUCAACCCGUCUAAGAUCACCACCCACUCUGCCCUGCUAGACCUGGACAAACUACCUGAGUUUAACAAGUACACUACCUGUCUCUGUCUGACUCUGCCCUGCUAGACCUGGACAAACUACCUGAGUUUAACAAGUACA